CUGUUAGGGGAGCAUUUUAAGGUAGCAGACUUAACUGGUCUACCAUCAACAAACGCCUCGCUUUUGGAUGAAUCAACAGCUGUAGCUGAAGCAGUUGCACUGGCAGUAAGAGCAACAAAAAGACAUAAGGCUCUUCUCGAUCCCUACUUACAUCCACAAAAUAUCGAUGUAACCAAAACACGAGCUGGACCUCUAGAGAUUGCUAUCGGAGAGCUCAACUUUGAUUCUGUUAAUAUUGACAAGGAUGUAGCAGCAAUUGUAGUACAGUACCCGGAUACUGAAGGAAGGAUCCGCAACCUGGAAGAGCUUGUCGCAAAGGCUCAUGAGAACGGGACACUGGUUGUGUUAGUUUGCGAUCUGAUGUCUCUGACGCUUUUAAAAUCUCCUGGAGAUCUUGGAGCUGAUGUUGCUACACUGGUUGUGUUGGUUUGCGAUCUGAUGUCUCUGACGCUUUUAAAAUCUCCUGGAGAUCUUGGAGCUGAUGUUGCUGUCGGAUCCGCGCAAAGAUUUGGUGUUCCGCUUGGCUAUGGAGGACCACACGCUGGUUUUAUGGCUGUCGCAAAAGAUUCAAAGAAUACGCUUGGUAGAAUGAUGCCUGGUAGAAUUAUUGGAGUGUCGCGGUAAGA